ACGCACGCACAAGCUUACCAUGGGGACUGCAUUCACGGUUUACCAUGCAUGCAAAUUCUAGAGGCCAGCGAGGACUUAAAAUAUGCUGGCUGCCACAAGUACAAAAAGGAAAAUGAAGGAAACUAUUACUGUUAUGCGUUUCCUUAAGGGUGUAAAAUGUAAAUAUGGUCAUUCACCUGUCCUCAGAGACAAACAGUGAAAUAUUCAAACAGAUGCCAGCGUCAAUUAUGCAUUUAGUCAAAUAAAACUUACCAAAUAUAAUACUACCAAAACAAAACACACAUAUUUUUUUGUUUUCUCGUAUGCUCAAUGAUCUAAACGUGCAAAAUUCACAUUGAAAUGAGCCACAGGCAAAUGUUGGCGUAUGCGCCUCGGAAAUCAUGCGUUUAAAUUACAUUUUAGCACCGCGUCAGACCAAAACAAACACGAGGACAUGAGGAGCAGGCCUCAAACAAGUGGUGCCAUCAGUCGGUCAACGGACCACCGACCGAAUCUCAACGAAAGGCAAGAGCACUGAGCUCCGAGAUGUCACUGAACGCAGCCAAAGGUCAAAGUAGUAGCCACAACAAAAACCUAUGGGUUAACUCUCGAGUCUUGCAUUACAUAUCCAUACAUUAUUGAACCAUCUUAAAGAGUCCAUACUGCCCCGGGGGCUCUAAUUUGGGAUGCUGACCUAUAGGAGCGCAUUCCUGAUGGGCAAUAAGUGGUUGAGCCUCAUUUGACAGAGCUUCUCCAUUGGGCGAUGAAGGAAUACAUACGCCGCUGCCAAUGAACACACACACACUCAUGUACUCACAAUAUGGCGGAAUGGCUGUAAAGAUAACAUAUACUAUACGUUUUUUAGUGCCACAGGUGUUACUUAUACAACCGAAAUGAAGCAGUCCGUGCGGCUAAGCUAGCAGGCUAACUAAGCUGGCUACCGAAAACUGGCCAUUUGAUUUAACCCAGAGAUUUAAUGCUCUUACUGGCCCCCCGUUUCCUCCUCUCUACUCUCACAAACAUUGAAUGACACACUUAUGGGGCAGCAGGCAGCGCCUUUCGUGUACGCUAAAAAAAAAAAAAAAAUAAAGUAAAAACCAGUCUUUCACGGCGAGAGCUGUCUGACGCCGAGUCCCGGAGCUGUCACGCAAACAACUGACAUCGAAAGAGGGAAAAAUAAAUCUGUAAAGAGAGAGAGAAGAUAAAAAAAAAUAAUAAUAACGAAAUCCCUCAAACACCGCGAGAAAAGCGAGCAUCAGAGUCUCCGCGAGCGAGCGAGCGAGGAGAGGGAGACGGCAAAACGUCUCCGCGAGAAGCCGAUAAAAAAAAAAAGGGCACGAACCUCGGCGGUGUAGAAAAUGUCCAAAAGCAACGAUGGUGGAAACAUUUUUCGCGGCAGAUUUUCCUGAUCUCGCGAAGCCCUCUCCGUGGAGUUCUUCUCCUCCUCUCCGGCCGAGAUGUCGUCCCUCCUGAGGGAAGAGAUGCAGAGGGUUUUGUUCCGACCUGCGAAACAGAGGCUGGUGGAGUUCAUCGAGAUCGAGGAGCCUACGGAGGGAAGACAUUUUCUCUGCGUCUCGGUUGGGAAAAACAAAGUGGUGCAGCUGUCAAUAGUGCAGUGUCAGAUGUCUCAGGUGGCCCUCAAGUCUGGAUCCAAGAAAUCCCAAACCAAGCGCUCCAGCAUACAGGAGUGCUACGUGAGGACGGAGAUCUGGGGCCUGCAGGACCUCACUCUUGUUGAUGGACGAGACCCCGACGCGGACGACCCCUGCUUCCUGCUACACUUUGACAACGUGCGCACGGUGACGGCUGUCAGCUGCUCGGCCAAAUACUCCAUAGUGCGGGCCCUGGUGGCCCUCUGCGACCAGCACUGCCAGAGGGCACUGCCGCUGAGGAACUUUGACUGUGCUUACAUCAAGCCCACCACCUUCUACUCCAACAGGGGGGACUGUGUUGUCAUCUCACAGAUAUGCUUCUACGCCUUGAAUUUGGUUUGUCUGUCCAUGUGUCCCGUGCCCCUGGAUGCGUAAUACAGUGACCCAGUGAUGGCUCUGCGUGUGUCAAUUAAGGUGUGUGUCUGUACGCAUUACUCUGUGUCAAUUAGGACACGUGUAGCAAAUGUAAGCGUGAGGCUCGAUGACACAUUUUGAGGAAGAUCUACCCGCAGUUAAAUAUCCUUUUUUUCAUUAAUCCCUGUGUAAACUUUAUAAUCUACCCGUUGUUAAUGCUGUAAUCCACUUUCGUCAUUUUCAAAUGACUCAUAACUUAAAGCCUCCUGUUAGUGUGAUAAGCGGAAAAUUUAUUCCUCUCUUUCCAUGUAACCUUUUAAAUAUAAGCUACAAAUAAUGUGUUAUUGGCUUGGUAACUACGCUGUACUGUAAUGUGUAAUGUCAGCUGCAUUAUUCCUCAUGCCCCUAUUUCCAUUUUCAAUCAGCCAAUAAACUUAGUGGAACAGCAACACCAUUUCCUGUAUGUUUCGCUGAAGCAACUCGCAGGGGGUUAAAAAAAAUAUAUAAUUCAGGAAGGUAAAUUUUGCAUGCUUAAAUAAUUAAUUGACUUAUUGGACCCUAUUUUAGACGAUAUAUUCAUGAUUUGUCACCUAGUGAUAAUAUAAAUCACAGAUUUUUAUUUCACUCACUCACCAGAAAGCUCCGAAGCAACAACUUAAAUAUAUGGAUCUCCAUGUUGUAACUAAAGUCACAUGAAAGGUCAUUCUUCUCA